CAUUGGUCUUGCUUUAUAAAUACUUUUAUUCAUUUGAAAUUGCUUGGCCUGUAGACAUCUACAUUACAAAAUUGCUCGUUUUCUUAUCUACACUCUCUCCCUUAUUCACACGCAUACCAUUUUGCAUAGACUGCAUUACAUUUACUAUUUUAGUUAGCAUUAUCUAUCCUUAUAUCUGCAUAUUCAUAUUAACAGAUAUUCAACUAGUAUUUUGCCCAUGGCUUUGAUUUACAAGCUAUCUCUUGCAGCUGUAGCGCUCCAAAUACUAGCGUACCCUUGCUAUUCAGCGGCCAUUAUUCAGACUAGUACUGCGGAUAGUAGUUUUUCGAAUAUGUUUGGAUUUACUGAAUGGUUCCGCGACUUCUUCCAUAGCAGCAGCACCACUGGCAAUAGCAACGAUAGUGCCAAUUUAGAUACAAAUAGCGCCACCAACGUUAUCACCAUUAUGCACUAUACAGCAGCCAACAAUGUUGACAUGACAAUCUCGUCGCCGAAGCAGAUUGUAAUUGACAUACACGCCAUUGGUUUGUAUGCGGCGUACUCUGGCGCCGCAUAUUCUCUCGAUUCAGACAAGUGGGCCUGCGGCAUUCAGUGCAGCCGCCCGGACACAGAGGGCACAGUGAUCAAGCACCGCUGGAAAACCCCGCAAAUUACCAGUGGCGGGUUUAUUGCAGUCAAUCCAAAUAAGAAGGCCAUCGUGGUGUCAUUUCGUGGAACAGCCGAGUUUCAGGAUUGGAUAGAUGACAUUAUCAUCAAUAGCGCUGAAUGGCCCCUAACAAUAGCUGGCUCACAAGUUGGCGCAGGCUUCUUGAACGGAUACGAGAUUGUCAGUCCCUUGAUUAUCCAAAAAAUCCACGAGCUAGCGGCCACACACCCUGAGUACUCCAUUGUCGCCACAGGGCAUUCUCUGGGCGGCGCACGCGCAGCAAUAUUUGCUGCUGAUAUUUCGGCAAACCACCCGCACUACUUGCCGCGGCUCCAGCUGUACACGUACGGUCAGCCAAGGUGUGGCAACAGUGCAUUCGUUAAAUUCAUGGACUCUCUCAACAUUACAAAGAUCCGCGUGGUAAACAAGUCUGACCUGAUUCCUCACCUCCCUGCCAAGGAAGCGGGCUACCAUCAUUUCGGCACCGAGUUCUGGGUUGCUGCUGAAAACCAAUUUGUUGUGUGUCAAGAUGGAGACUAUAGCAUGUGCUCUGAAAGCGUGCCAUUUUACAAAUUUAGCAUUCCGGACCAUACCUCAUACAGUUGGAUAUAGGCUCAAACUAUAAUCCAUUUAGUAGCACUUUUUGCAUAUAUAGAUACUAACACGUAGACAUUUUUCAUUCGAAUGACUUAGAACUAGA